AUGGUAAAGCUGCUCAGUGCUGAGCCUCCAGUCUGGGGCACGCCUGGCACUCUGUACAGCAGUGCUGAGCCUCCAGUCAGGGGCACGCCUGGCACUCUGUACGGCAGUGCUGAGCCUCCAGUCAGGGGCACGCCUGGCACUCUGUACAGCAGUGCUGAGCCUCCAGUCAGGGGCACGCCUGGCACUCUGUACGGCAGUGCUGAGCCUCCAGUCAGGGGCACGCCUGGCACUCUGUACGGCAGUGCUGAGCCUCCAGUCAGGGGCACGCCUGGCACUCUGUACAGCAGUGCUGAGCCUCCAGUCAGGGGCACGCCUGGCACUCUGUACGGCAGUGCUGAGCCUCCAGUCAGGGGCACGCCUGGCACUCUGUACGGCAGUGCUGAGCCUCCAGUCAGGGGCACGCCUGGCACUCUGUACGGCAGUGCUGAGCCUCCAGUCAGGGGCACGCCUGGCACUCUGUACGGCAGUGCUGAGCCUCCAGUCAGGGGCACGCCUGGCACUCUGUACAGCAGUGCUGAGCCUCCAGUCAGGGGCACGCCUGGCACUCUGUACGGCAGUGCUGAGCCUCCAGUCAGGGGCACGCCUGGCACUCUGUACGGCAGUGCUGAGCCUCCAGUCAGGGGCACGCCUGGCACUCUGUACGGCAGUGCUGAGCCUCCAGUCAGGGGCACGCCUGGCACUCUGUACGGCAGUGCUGAGCCUCCAGUCAGGGGCACGCCUGGCACUCUGUACAGCAGUGCUGAGCCUCCAGUCAGGGGCACGCCUGGCACUCUGUACGGCAGUGCUGAGCCUCCAGUCAGGGGCACGCCUGGCACUCUGUACGGCAGUGCUGAGCCUCCAGUCAGGGGCACGCCUGGCACUCUGUACGGCAGUGCUGAGCCUCCAGUCAGGGGCACGCCUGGCACUCUGUACGGCAGUGCUGAGCCUCCAGUCAGGGGCACGCCUGGCACUCUGUACGGCAGUGCUGAGCCUCCAGUCAGGGGCACGCCUGGCACUCUGUACGGCAGUGCUGAGCCUCCAGUCAGGGGCACGCCUGGCACUCUGUACGGCAGUGCUGAGCCUCCAGUCAGGGGCACGCCUGGCACUCUGUACGGCAGUGCUGAGCCUCCAGUCAGGGGCACGCCUGGCACUCUGUACGGCAGUGCUGAGCCUCCAGUCAGGGGCACGCCUGGCACUCUGUACGGCAGUGCUGAGCCUCCAGUCAGGGGCACGCCUGGCACUCUGUACAGCAGUGCUGAGCCUCCAGUCAGGGGCACGCCUGGCACUCUGUACGGCAGUGCUGAGCCUCCAGUCAGGGGCACGCCUGGCACUCUGUACGGCAGUGCUGAGCCUCCAGUCAGGGGCACGCCUGGCACUCUGUACAGCAGUGCUGAGCCUCCAGUCAGGGGCACGCCUGGCACUCUGUACAGCAGUGCUGAGCCUCCAGUCAGGGGCACGCCUGGCACUCUGUACGGCAGUGCUGAGCCUCCAGUCAGGGGCACGCCUGGCACUCUGUACGGCAGUGCUGAGCCUCCAGUCAGGGGCACGCCUGGCACUCUGUACAGCAGUGCUGAGCCUCCAGUCAGGGGCACGCCUGGCACUCUGUACGGCAGUGCUAAACCUCCAGUCAGGGGCACGCCUGGCACUCUGUACGGCAGUGCUGAGCCUCCAGUCAGGGGCACGCCUGGCACUCUGUACGGCAGUGCUGAGCCUCCAGUCAGGGGCACGCCUGGCACUCUGUACGGCAGUGCUAAACCUCCAGUCAGGGGCACGCCUGGCACUCUGUACGGCAGUGCUGAGCCUCCAGUCAGGGGCACGCCUGGCACUCUGUACGGCAGUGCUGAGCCUCCAGUCAGGGGCACGCCUGGCACUCUGUACAGCAGUGCUGAGCCUCCAGUCAGGGGCACGCCUGGCACUCUGUACGGCAGUGCUAAACCUCCAGUCAGGGGCACGCCUGGCACUCUGUACGGCAGUGCUGAGCCUCCAGUCAGGGGCACGCCUGGCACUCUGUACGGCAGUGCUGAGCCUCCAGUCAGGGGCACGCCUGGCACUCUGUACGGCAGUGCUGAGCCUCCAGUCAGGGGCACGCCUGGCACUCUGUACGGCAGUGCUGAGCCUCCAGUCAGGGGCACGCCUGGCACUCUGUACGGCAGUGCUGAGCCUCCAGUCAGGGGCACGCCUGGCACUCUGUACGGCAGUGCUGAGCCUCCAGUCAGGGGCACGCCUGGCACUCUGUACGGCAGUGCUGAGCCUCCAGUCAGGGGCACGCCUGGCACUCUGUACGGCAGUGCUGAGCCUCCAGUCAGGGGCACGCCUGGCACUCUGUACGGCAGUGCUGAGCCUCCAGUCAGGGGCACGCCUGGCACUCUGUACGGCAGUGCUGAGCCUCCAGUCAGGGGCACGCCUGGCACUCUGUACGGCAGUGCUGAGCCUCCAGUCAGGGGCACGCCUGGCACUCUGUACAGCAGUGCUGAGCCUCCAGUCAGGGGCACGCCUGGCACUCUGUACAGCAGUGCUGAGCCUCCAGUCAGGGGCACGCCUGGCACUCUGUACGGCAGUGCUGAGCCUCCAGUCAGGGGCACGCCUGGCACUCUGUACGGCAGUGCUGAGCCUCCAGUCAGGGGCACGCCUGGCACUCUGUACAGCAGUGCUGAGCCUCCAGUCAGGGGCACGCCUGGCACUCUGUACGGCAGUGCUGAGCCUCCAGUCAGGGGCACGCCUGGCACUCUGUACAGCAGUGCUGAGCCUCCAGUCAGGGGCACGCCUGGCACUCUGUACGGCAGUGCUGAGCCUCCAGUCAGGGGCACGCCUGGCACUCUGUACGGCAGUGCUGAGCCUCCAGUCAGGGGCACGCCUGGCACUCUGUACAGCAGUGCUGAGCCUCCAGUCAGGGGCACGCCUGGCACUCUGUACGGCAGUGCUGAGCCUCCAGUCAGGGGCACUCCUGGCACUCUGUACAGCAGUGCUGAGCCUCCAGUCAGGGGCACGCCUGGCAGUCUGUACGGCUGUGCUGAGCCUCCAGUCAGGGGCACGCCUGGCACUCUGUACGGCAGUGCUGACUCUCCCGGUGUCUGUGCAGUGUGUGAGGCUCAGCGCUGCCACCCAGCGUUCUCUGCAGCUCAGCCUGACCCGACACAGUGCAGACAACCUCGGUUGAACUCUUACCCAGGUCCAGGACAAGUCAUGGAGCUCACAAUGGGACAUGAGGACAAGUCUCCUUUGACUGCAGUGACAUUUCCCGAGCCAGAAGACGAGCCGCCCGGCAGCCCCGCACCCGGAUACAAGCGCAGCAAAUCAUAG